CCCAUCCAGCUGAUGCCAGGGAAAGCCUCCUUGAGUUCAGUUUGCCCGGUGCGCACUGAGGACUCGGAGGGGUCACGGAGCUCCACCAUCCCGUGGAAGCAGCCCCGCAGGAGGAGGCGACCAGACCUGCACCGCUGCACCGCAUCCCCAUCCCGGGACCAGAGAAGGGGAGAGCCUUCAAAAAGAAAGAAAGAGAAAGAAAGAGGAGGGGGAACAGUCUCUGCUGUCCUGGACUCAAAUGAACACACCACAGCGCGCUGAGGAAAAUUCGUUGAAUAGGAUUUUUGCGCUGGUACCGAGAUGAAAGCGGCCGGGAGGCAGGUGAACAUGACCGCGGAGAAGCUGAACGGGGACAUGAACCGGAGGCCGAGCUACCCCGGGGAGCUGCGGGCCAAGCACGCCAACAUGUCAACUAAGAUUUGGGUGAAAGUGGCGAUGGCCAUCGCGUAUUUCCUCUGCGUGUCCGUGGCCGCCUUCAUCCUGGUCAUCUACUAUGUCUUCUUCUGGACGCCGGAUGCUCAGAACGGCACCGACCCACCGAACAGCACCAGCUGCGUGACGAGGUCCGGAUGACCGUGCAGCCUCCGGGACACAUGCACAUGCACACACACAUGCACACACACACACACACACACGUUAAAUAGGUGAGUGCGCACACCUGACAGGAGGCUGCGGUGGAUGGAUGACAGAGGACGGAGGCUGCGUCCGGAGUUUGGGAUGCUGGCUGAGGACAGGGGAGGGGGGCACUGCUGCUGCGGGAUGCACCAGUGUUCCGCAUGCAAGCUGCAGGUGGGGAGGGGGUGUGUGUUUUUCUUUCCUUUUUUUUUUUUUCCUGAGGUGGGGGUUUAUGUUUUUAGACCCAGAGAAGACGUCUCCGCUCUGUCCAAUCAGAAGAAGGAGAAGUCUCGGUCACAUUCAGGGAGGGAUGUUUUCGGUUCUCGGAUGUUUUUCUGUCUCCGCUGGUUCUUCUGAAAGUCAUGUGAACGUCCUUUGACUCAUGGGCGGAUUGUGAGACUCGUGGCCCCUGGGCACAGACACGUAGAAGGCCCCCCCCAGUCCCCCAGUCCUCCAGUACAGGUCACAGGUAAAACCAGAGCUCUUUACAAUCUGCUGCAGGUAAACGUCAGACUUAAAGUAACUGAAUAAUACUUCUGUAUUUAGAAUUAACACUGAUUAAUCCGUUUAAUAAUCAAAUAAUUGUUCAUGAUACAGUGUAGUGUAGUCGUUUUUUAAUAUCUUAUAUGUCUCUUAGUCAAAUCUAUUUUAGACUGUUAAAUAUAUCAGAUGUGACUUUGGUUUCUGUCGUCACAUCAGUUUCCACCACUUAAACAAACGUAUUCAUUUAAAAUGAUUCUGAUUCAUGGACUUUAAAGUACAGGAAAUGUUAAAAAAUGAUUCUCUAACAAACUCAUUUCAGCAGAACGUGAAUUAUUUUUACGUUUUUCCUCAAUCUCUGGGUACUACAUUACCCACAACGCAACUAGUCCUCUAACAGGUUAGAGAUCCAGGUGUGUCCUUCUUCUUUUUAUUUAAUCAGACCUGAUGUGGAGAUUCGAUGUCAAAUCUUUGCAAAACUCCAGAGUCUAUGCUCAGUGAACCAGCUCAUCAAUCCGUCCAUGCUCCAGCUCCUUCACUCCUGCGGUCACUUUAAAAAUGCUUGAUUUACUGAAACGGCGUUGAACCGCUUAAUACACUGAACUCUCUCCUCCUGGACUCCCUGGAUCCUCCGUGACACCUUCAGUUUUCCAGAAGAACUUCCUUCCUUUAGGAUCCGGUGAGUUCUCUGGAAGCUCAGAAACCAUCAGACAAACCCUCAGCGAUGCAAUAGAAGCACCGAGGUCCCGCUCAAGAAACCCCGAAGACGUCUUCUGAGAUCCUCUCUGCACUAACGGAGAUUUCUUUGUGAACAUAUGCCUCUAGAGGAAUGACUCUUCUCUCUGUUUUUAUUCCGUCCGCAGCAGGACGCUGUUUUUAUUCAGGUAUCUAGAGGAACUUAAAGCGAUACUGUACUGUAGCAGAAGUAGCCUAAAUUGUUGAUCCUCGUAGCUCGUAGCUGUAUGAAAAUGCAAGGUCGACCCCUCCGUAUACUCUCAGUAGAUGCAGCAGUUUUACCUUUUCACAGCAGAAAUAUAUUCAACGUCACGUUUGUACCUCUUCUCCGAGACCUCACGUCCUGCUCGUGAUUUAGGCUACGGUCCCUCAGCUGUCCUACUCGACUGUUUUAUUUACAGUGAAGCCUUGAGAAUUUAUUGUUAUGACACGAUAAACUAUGCAUAUAUUCCA